AUGCCUCACCCCGCGCCCUCCGAGGACGCUCCCAUGUCUUUCUCUAACGAUCCCUCGAGUUCUUCGCGGACUCGCAUGUAUGAUAGGCUCAAAGGAGUCUUCCGCGGCGCCGACCCUCGAGUCUGCGUCGCUUUUUGGCUAUUUGGUCUAGUCAACAAUGUCCUUUACGUCAUCCUCCUCUCCGCAGCAUUAGACCUCGUCGGUCCGGAUGUCCCCAAAGGCAUCGUCCUGCUGGCGGAUAUCAUCCCCUCGUUCGGGACAAAGUUGAUCGCCCCGUACUUCAUCCACGUGGUACCCUACUCGAUGCGAGUGGUGAUCUUUGUAUUCUUGUCCGUCGUUGGAAUGCUGGUCGUCGCGACGAGUCCGAGUUACACGGAUGGUGGGGCUAUUUCCUCCAAGCUGGCUGGGAUAGUGUUGGCUAGUCUAUCCGCAGGCGGCGGCGAGCUGAGCUUCGUUGGUCUAACGCAUUUCUAUGGGCCGUUUAGUCUUGCGGCAUGGGGUAGUGGGACGGGUGCUGCUGGGUUAGUUGGUGCGGGCGCUUAUGCUCUGGCGACGUCUACCAUGGGUGUUUCGGUUCAAGCGACCCUUCUAGCGUCUGCGAUUCUGCCGGCGAUCAUGGCGCUGAGCUUUUUCGUGGUUUUGCCUCGAGCGGCAUUGGGGGCUCAGGGAUCUACUGCAGAUGGCUAUAUCGCGACAGCACCAGGCGAUGAGCUAGAUGAUGAUGAUGAGGGCCAUGAGAUUGAGCGUGGUGAAGAGGAGGGACUCUUGGGGGUUUCCCUCCAUUCGGCUGACACUUACAAGUCUGUUCAGUUCAACGAGUCAACUUCCUGGUGGGCUCGGUUUUGCGGUAAUUUGAGACGGCUCCAGGGCCUCUUCUUCCCCUUCAUGCUCCCGUUGCUACUGGUAUACAUCGCCGAGUACGUGAUCAACCAAGGUGUCAGCCCGACACUUCUGUUCCCACUAUCCGCCACGCCCUUUACGAGCUUCCGCGCCUUCUAUCCCGCCUACAACGCCAUCUACCAAGCUGGAGUCUUCAUCUCCCGCUCCUCGACCCCUUUUUUCCGCGUGCACCAUCUCUAUAUCCCUUCUUUCCUCCAAAUCCUCAACCUGGUUCUGUUAACCCUCCACGGCAUGUUCAACUUCAUCCCGAAUGUCUAUAUUGUCUUUGUCAUCAUUUUCUGGGAAGGCUUGCUGGGCGGGUUAGUCUAUGUGAACACAUUUGCGGAGAUUGCCGACCGAGUGCCUAAAGAGGAUCGGGAGUUUUCGUUAGGGGCUACGACUGUGAGUGACUCGGCGGGGAUCUGUAUCGCUGGCUUUUUGAUGUACGGCUCAUACAUCGCGAACCACGUUUUAGGAAGACCUUCGACUCGAUUUCGCAAGAUCCAGGUCUUUGCGGUCGUCUCAUUCUGGUCUUUCUACCUGUUGAAAGCUGACAAGCAUGGCCCUCCGCUUAUUCGGUCCAUAUCAUCCCGCUUCUCCGACAAAUUAACCAGCUGGCAAACGACAGUCAUCAUCUUCUUAUGGCUCUACGUGAGCCGCAACUUCGCCAAGAUCGUGGGUUUGGAAUGCCCAGAGCCCCUAGCCAAUCUCUAUUCCCGAUCCUUCUUCCGCGCAACAUGGAUCACCACGGGCUUAGAUGCCGGGUUUUGGACGGCCAUGAAAAUCAAGCCUAAAUGGCUGCGCGAUUUGGCAUCGCUAGUGUUCACAGUCUAUUAUCUUAUCGCCGCAGAGCAGGCUGAUGAGAAGGUGCGGCGAGUUCGUGGUACACUCACCUUAGAGCAUCUUCGCGUAUCGUGGAAUAAAGCAACCACCCCCUACCUAUGGUUUUUGGCGAGCUUGGUUCGCCCUCGACUUACCCGAUAUGGUCCGCGAGCUAUUCGGGUCCCCCGACCCAAGCACUCGUCCCAUACCGAGCCUAUCAACGCAUGGAUGUACUUUGAUGGGCCGCUUAGUGCGUUGAAAGAUCAAACCUCGCUCGUGCUGGAUGUUCCAGGUGGAGGAUUUGUUGCGAUGGGACCUCGCAACUCGGAGGAUAAAUUGCUUUCUUGGGCUGGGCAGUUAAAAGUGCCAGUCUUAAGUAUUGACUACAAGAAGGCUCCCGAGUAUGCAUAUCCAUAUGCACUCCAUGAGACUUAUGAUGUAUAUCAUACCAUUAUGGCGACGAAUGGCCGCUGCUUGGGAUUGAGCGGCUCGACACGCCCUCGAGUUGUGGUUACCGGAGAAAGCGCUGGCGGCAAUCUUGCCGUCGGUAUGACGCUGAUGGUUCUACAAUCAGCGAUGGCGCAAGGUUGGCAAGGCGACAACGUCCUUCCUCGACCGGAUGGUCUUGUUCUGGCGUAUCCAGCCCUGAACGUGCGAGUCGAGAGCUGGAUGACAGACGAGCAGAUGUCUUUGAUCCAAGACAAGAGCAGUCGUCAGACGAAUAGUGGCGUGCUGCAACGAAAGCAGGACCAAUAUCGCAGGCUAACACCCUACACUUCGCCAGGUCACUCUGUAGAGAACCUGACUGCAAUCUCUGAAGACAAGAAGAUGCAAAAAGAGGAAUCAACGGAGACCGAUAUAGCCGCCGAGACAUCCAAAGCACUGCGUGACAAGUUGGAGAAGAGCGAGCACGUCUCCGGAAACGCCGCUCCCAAAACUACCAGUCAGAUCAAUCCACUCAAGACCCGACUAGCUGUCUCUUCCAUGAUCUCCUAUGUUCAUGACCGAAUCCUCACGCCGGAGAUGAUGCGCGCGAUGAUCAUCCUCUACAUUGGACCACACCACCGGCCUGACUUCAAUACAGAUUUCUAUCUCUCACCCGUCCUUGCACCAGAUGCUCUACUAGCCCAAUUCCCAAAGACAUACAUCCUGACCGGAGAACGGGAUCCACUCGUCGAUGAUACCGUUAUCUUCGCAGGCAGACUACGACAAGCAAAGCUCCACCGAUUCCAUGAGCGCCAGGAUCUCGGACUCGAAAAAUCACAGCGCCGAUUCAACGAGAAAGACCAUGUGGAAGUUUCUCUCAUUCCAGGAGUCUCACAUGGCUUCAUGCAGAUGGCUGGCUUUUUCCCCGACGCUUGGAAGUAUAUCAACCGCAGUGCACGGUGGAUCGAGAAUGUGCUCGAGAAUGCGGACCUGCAAACCUCUGAAUACAGCCUUCUUCAACUCUCUCAGCUCUCAAACAUGAAGAGCUCCCAGCGUUCGAGAGGUGUGGUACAGAGUAACGCCAAUGGCAAGAAGCACCACCACCGCAGUUUCACAGGCGAAUCUUCCGCCGACGAGGAUCGGCCACUCGAGAUGACUAUGAGUAAAAUAACACCACACGCCCGAAACGAACAGUCAUCUUCCGCAACAGAUCUCCCCCUGCGACGCAGGCGGUCCAAAUCCUCCUUCACCUCCUCUCAACUUAGCGGACUUACCACUCUUGGACACGAAUCUAGCGACGUCCGUGAAUUCCACGCAAAGCUCAAACGCCUGGAAAUGAGUCGCAAUCUUCAAGAUUCGUACUUCCCGGAUGGUGUCAACAGUGCUCCCGAAAGUCCGGUUACGAUACGGCCCCGCGGAAGGAGUAUUACCUCGCUUGAUAGUGAGGAGGAUAUUUUGGAUCGGAGGAUGAAUGGAAUUGCGGGGGGUUUGAUGGGCCUGGGUGAGGGGGCUCAGACACCGGGAGCAUGA